AUGCUGGGGUUUGACGGAGCUUUAGACGCAAUUGGAUCUGCUAGGUUUGGUCAGGGAUCUGGUCGUAUUUUCCUCGAUAGGAUCAACUGUGAUGGAAAUGAAGACAGCCUUGGAGACUGCGCUCAUGGAAGGAUUGAACAUUUUUCAUGCAGUCAUACAAGUGAUGCAGGGUCAAUUUGCUACUCAGGAACCCAUCCGAAUCCAUUUCAAGUUCGCCUGGUUGGUGGACCUAACGAUGCUGCAGGGAGAUUAGAGGUCAGGCACGAUGUAUCCUGGGGUACUGUCUGUGACGAUUAUUGGGAUCUGAGAGACGCGAGGGUUGUUUGCAGAAUGCUGGGGUUUGAUGGAGCCUUGGACGCACCAAGAUUUGCUAGGUUUGGUCAGGGCUCAGGGUAUAUUCUUCUGGAUGAUGUUUCGUGUUCGGGUACAGAAGAAAACCUAGCAGAAUGUCCAUAUAGAGGGAUUGGAGUUCAUGACUGUGUACACAGCGAAGAUGCAGGCGCCAUUUGUUACUUAGGAACCCAUCCGAAUCAAUUUCAAGUUCGUCUUGCCAAUGGAUUAAAUGAUGCUGAAGGCAGAGUAGAGGUACUUUACGAUGGAUCAUGGGGAGCUAUCUGUGAUUCAUGGUGGGAUCUGAGAGACGCGAGGGUGGUGUGCAGAAUGCUGGGGUUUGAUGGAGCCUUGGACGCACCGAGAUCUGCACGGUUUGGUCAGGGCUCUGGCCGUAUUCUACUGAAGUAUGUCAAUUGUGACGGAAAUGAAGACAAUCUAGUUGAUUGUGCUCAUGCAGAGAUAGGACGUUACUCAUGCAGUCAUACAAGGGAAGCAGGAGCCAUUUGCUACUCAGGAAAUCCAUUUCAUGUUCGUCUUACCAAUGGAACCACCGCUUCAGAAGGCAGGGUGAAAGUCUUGUAUAUGGGAAGCUGGGGAACUAUUUGUGAUGAUAACUGGGAUCUAAGAGACGCAAGAGUAGUUUGUAAAAUGCUUGGAUUUGACGGAGCUUUAGCCGCACCUGGUAGUGCUAGGUUUGGUGCGGGCAGUGGGAAAAUCUUGUUGGAUGACGUUAGAUGCAAGGGCACAGAAGACACCCUUGCUGAGUGCUACCAUCAAGGGCUUGGAGUCAACAGCUGUGAACAUGACAAUGAUGCUGGUGUCAUUUGUUUUACAGGAGAACCAUUUUUAGUUCAGCUCGUUAAUGGAUCUAACGACCUUGAAGGACGAGUGGAGGUGAUGUAUGAUGGUUCUUGGGGAACCGUUUGUGAUCAUGAGUGGGAUCUGAGAGACGCGAGGGUCGUAUGUAAAAUGCUGGGGUUUGAUGGAGCCUUAGCUGCCCCAGGUUCUGCUACAUUUGGCCAAGACGUAUUCAAGGUUCGUCUCAUCGGUGGAGCCAAUAAUUCAGAGGGUAGAUUAGAGAUUAUGUACGAAGGGUCUUGGGGAACUGUCUGUGACAAUGGUUGGAAUCUGAACGAUGCAACAGUUGUUUGCAGAAUGUUGGGGUUUGAUGGAGCUUUGGCAGCAACACUUUCUGCACAGUUUGGUCAGGGCCAUGGCAAAAUCCUGCUUGAUGAUGUCCAGUGUCAAGGAACAGAAAACAACAUAGCAGAUUGUUAUCACAGAGGAAUAACGGUCCAUAACUGUAACCACGCCAGUGAUUCGGGUGCCGUUUGUUUCUCAGGAGUACGUCUGAUUGGAGGAGCUAAUGUCGCUGAAGGCAGAGUAGAGAUUCUACACGAUGGCUCAUGGGGAACUGUCUGCGACGAUUCCUGGGAUCUCAAGGACGCAGAGGUUGUGUGCAGAAUGUUAGGCUUUGAUGGAGCUUUGGACGCCCCACUUGGUGCUCGAUUCGGUAAAGGAUCUGGGAGCAUCUUUCUCGAUGAAGUUCAGUGCCAGGGGACAGAAAUUGACGUUGAACGUUGCGAUCAUGACGGCAUUGGUGUACACAACUGCGCUCACAACGAAGAUGCCAGCGAUCUGAAUGCUCCUCCAAAACUCCCAGAACGACGUUUAACGAGAUUGAGUAAAAAUAAGCUACUUGAGGACGAAGGGGAGCUAUCUGUUCCAAAGAACCCACAAUGUGAAAGCACCCACGACGAUAUUGAAACGAUAUUUACAAGCACGACUGCCUUAUUAGCCAAGGAUGGAAGCACUGAUGCUAUGAGCCUUAGUGUUGAGAAUAAAGACACAAAUACGUUGCCACAUGACAUAGCGUCAUCAUCAAGAGCAAUCUCCCAUGAUGAAACGUGUGAGCCGGCAGAGAGGGCCUCUGGAUCUGUCAGUGGAGUAUGCCACAGUCGAUAA